GGCGAUUCAGCUCUGCCUUUUCUCUUGGAGCUUCUGAGAGGAUCAGUCCAGGGAAGGCCAACUUGUUCACCCACCUGGGGGAUAAAUUCCCUACACCAAAAUCAUUUCUGGGUCGAGACACAGAAAUCACUCAAGGCCAGGUUGUAACACAAAACAUACUUCAUUUCCUCCCACGAUGGGUGAUGACGAGAUCACUUACACAACUGUGAAAUUCCAUAAGUCUUCAGACUUGCAGAAUCGAGGAAGGGCUGAUGAGAAGCAAGGGCCCAGAGAAGCUGGCCACAGGGAGUGUUUAGUUCCAUGGCACCUCAUUGCAAUACCCCUGGGAGUCCUUUGUUCCAUUCUGCUGGUGACAGUUGCCGUGUUGGUGACAUACAUUUUUCAGUAUAGUCAAGAAAAAAAUGAAUUGCAGAGAUCUCUGAAUAAUCUUCAUCAAGAGAAGAGCACCAUGCAAAAUGACAGCUACUUAAAGAAAGAAAUGUUUCAAAAUAAAUCUAUAGAGUGUGAUGCCCUCAAAGACCAUCUGUCCUCCCUCAACAGAACACUGAACAGAUGCUACCAGGAAACUAAAGUUGUUUUAGAUUAUAAACAGCACAGAGGCACAAGUGUUGAAGGACACUGGUUCUGCUAUGGCAUAAAAUGUUAUUAUUUCAUCAUAAACAAAAAAAUCUGGAUUGGUUGUAAACAGAACUGCUGUGACCACAGCUUAUCCCUUUUGAAGAUAGAUGAUGAAAAUGAACUGAAGUUCCUUCAGCUCCAAAUGAAUACAAACAAUUACUGGAUUGGAUUAAAAUAUGAUGAAACCAAAGGGAAAUGGCUAUGGAUUGGUGAUGGCUCAUUUAAACAUGAGUUGAACAUAACAGUUCCCAAUCCUAAGACUGGAAAAUGUGCAUUUUUAUCUAGAACAAGACUAGAUAAUGAUAACUGUUUUAAAUCCUACUCCUGUAUAUGCGAGAAGAGACUGGAUAAAUUCCCUGAUUAACUCUCCAGCAAGAGGACUUAGACCACUGUGCAAACAGAGAGACAAGCUGAAAGAGGUUGAGAAUGUUUUCCAGAAUCUGACUUGACAGAGAAGAGGCCAUCUUUCUUCUUGGAGGAGCACAUCUUCUCUGGUGCAUGGAGACCCUUUGCCCCAAGCCCCUGAAAAAUCUGCUCUUUUUGUUUUUUUAAACACCCAUAGAGCUAAAUAA